AUGGCAGUGCUGGUCGAGCGGCCGCAACGCGAGAUGGUCGGGAUCGAUGGGAGGAGGAUCUUCCCUGAUCCCUACCUUCAUGUUGUGCUCGAGGCCAAGAAUGCAAGAGAUAUGGCGAUCGUUGCCGGUCAGAGGGGGAGGAAGGGAUGCAGGGACGGAGGGGCGGAGGAGUCUCUGCUGUAUCGGCCAACCCUUGUGUUCCGGUCGAUGGACGAGCAUGGAGUCUUUGUGGUCGACGAGGGGAACCACCUCGUAGCGAUCGCAUGCGCUCGCGAGAAACAUGCUGACGAUGCCGUCUCAGGAAAUGGGCUGGAAGCUGAGAGGAGGAUAUGGAGUGUGAUGAGCGAAGCUUUGGUACAGCAAUCGGGGUCGAACAGGCUGGUGAAGGAGGAGGACAAGGGAGGCUGGAGCUCAGCGUUCGGCUCGAUCAUCUCGGACGAGACAGAGGGCCAUGUCGUUCUGUUUGCUCGGAUAGAAAACUUGUCGCGGAGUGGGAUAAGACUGGGAUUUGCGUUCCUGGAUGUUGAGCCGCAGGCGUUUCAGAUCCAGCACGGGAUGAACUUCGACUGGUGGGAUCAGAGGAGGGCAGCAGGUGGGGAGCGCGACUGGACAGAAGCUUGCAAGAUCAUCUAUGUCAACACUUGUGACAUGACGAUGAGAAUGAAUGGAGACCUGCUCACCAACGAUGAAAGUAGGACAGUGGCGGACGACGCGCCGGCGCGGGCGAAGGAGCCGCAGCGAUGUCUGGAAGAAGGAGAAUUCAUUCACCUCGCCUACUGCUGCGAUACGGGGAAGAUUCAGCUCUGGAGGAACGGGCUGGAGUUGGGCAGUUGCAUCACCUACUGGAUUGGAGGGACUCGAUAUCUCUGCAUACCUCCAGUCUGUUUCCUCGAGGCGCCUGCUCUGCUACAAAGCUCCAAGUUGGCUCAGCCUCCCAUGACCGUCCUGAGUUGCUCCCGUGUCAUCUGCACUGUUGGGAUCGAGCGACGGUGUCUUGUGUGUGUGGUGAAGCAGGAGCUGCUGGGAGGAGGAGGGAGCAGUCAGGGCGAGACCUCCGAUGGCGACAAGCAAGGGUCGAGCAGCGGUGGAGGGAGUGCGGGAGAGGUGGUGAGGUCAGUGGAGCUAGAGAAGGAUGAGGCAGCCUCACGGUCGAGAUGGGACUCGAUGGUGGAUGAAAUCUGCGAGAGAGUGACGAGCCAAGUGUUGUGUUGCCUCCUCCAAGUCUCUCAGAUGUGGGUGACUUCUGAGCAUUGGGUGGAGCGCGUCUGCUGCGUGGAGGACGAAGCAGCGGCUACUACGCAUCCUCCUGUGGGGUCGGGGCGAGCAGGAGAAGCUUGUACUUGGAGGAAGUGGUCCAAGAGCAUUCAUGUCAGGAACAACUUACUUGUCAACACCAAGAAUGAGUUCGCCGCCGCCAUGGUCGAUGGCGGACUGGAGACGGGGAGUCACAUGUGGGAAUUUCUUGUGAUCCAGGAUCAUGGCGGUGCUUUUAUUGGAAUGAUGGAUGCUGAUCUGAAUCUCAACGCCUGCUGGUUGUCGCAUACGCUUCGCAAUCGGACAUGGUACAUCUCACACACAGGGAUGAUCCGGUCAGGGGAUCAGAUCUUGGUGGACACGGGGAAGCAGUUCGGACAGGGAGAUCGGGUCAAAGUCCAGCUGAUACUCGACCAGCAGACUUGUCAGCUGAACUUCUUUGUCAACUCGACUUUGACAGGGAUGGCUUGGCGAGUGGAGCAGGAAAACUUUGAGCAGGAGAAGCUGCUGGGGGAGAUCAGAGGGUGGGAGCAGCUCAAUGACUCUCAGCUCAAGGACGAGCUGAGAAAGCUGAGUCUGAGGGCAGAGCGAGGCGAGCUGAAGAGAGAUGACCCGUGA